ACACGAUGGCGCCACCAAUCCUCAGGAAGUUCCUUCUCAUUAUUUACACGAAGUGUUGACUUUUUUAGUCAUACUCAUAGAUAUUACUAUAACUAGUCAUAGUGUGUCCCUGGAUAUAUACAAACAUACUACACGAGUAGUGUUUGUGACAUAGAGUUUGUGUUCUUUGUUUUCGUAAUUGCUAUAUUUUUGCUUUAUAAUUUAUCGAAGAAUCAGAAUCAAUGUAUUCUAAUUCAGAAACAGAAACAGAAAAUUUAGUUAUUUUUGCACAGCCGAGCCUGCGUGCGGUGAUACUUGUGAAGUUGUGUUGCAGAGGAGAAUUUGAACGGCAUUUGCAGCAACAUGGCAGACAAGAGGAAAACGCGAAAUGAUAAGACAGGCGAAGAUGGCUGUUCCCUCAAGUCUGAUCUGCCUUCAUCACAAUUCCCAUCAACUGAACUUGAGACUGAAGGUUAUGACUGCGACUUUGUUGAGCAAUUUCCGGAAAAGUUCCAAUGUUCUAUUUGCCUUCUGUGCUUGAGGGAUCCAUGCCAGACCAGCUGUGGUCACAGAUUCUGUCGUUCCUGCAUUCUGCGCUGGCUAAGGUCUAAGGGAUACAGGUGUCCGGAGGACCAGCAACCCUUGGAUGAAGAGUCAGUAUUCCCAGACAACUUUGCAAAGCGAGAAAUUGAGUCACUGCUGAUUAGGUGUCCUUUCAAAUCUAAUGGGUGCAAUGAAGAAUACCAGCUCAGAAGUAACAAGGUGCAUAUGAAUGUGUGCAAGUUUCGAUUGGAACUCUGCCCACAGGGGUGUGGAGAAAGUGUUACAAAGGAGAACUUCGAGGAACAUAUUCAUCAGACGUGCAAACGCCAUUUGAUAGAGUGCAAAUACUGCUUACACCUAGUCGAGCGAGAAAGUAUUAAGGGACACAUUAAAGAGUGUCCACUGAGGCCAUACCCCUGUCCACUGUGCCAGAAGUUGCUGACAAAUGAGCAGCAAUUGCGACACGUGGAAACAGACUGUCAGAAGGCGAUGGUGUUCUGCAUGUUUCACCAACUAGGGUGUGACCAAACAAUGGAGAGGCAUGAGUUGGCACUUCACAUGCAGGAGUCGACACAAAAACAUCUACGGUUACUCUGCACUGCAACGAGCGCUCUGCAGGAACAGGUUCACAAUCUCAGCCCACCCGGACAUUCCGUUAAGGCAUCGCAACCACCCAGCCCUCUCUCCAAGCUCAUGGGACUUGCUCUGAAAUCACCAACGGCCGCCGACAAUCCUGAGUACAUGGCUAAACCUUCAGUGAGUGGUGCAGGUCUAUCAUUGCCGCUACCAGCAGAGGCAACACAGCAAUUCUCGCCUACUGUGGUAGAAUUGAACGAGUUGGCACGGAAGACUGUCAGGUUGGAACAAGAGAAUAGAGAAAUGCAGUUGAAGGUGCAGAGCAUGUCAGUAUUAAUGGCGCAGACGCAGGCGGAGCUCACCAGCGCGCGCAGCCAGCUGUCUACACUCGACGCGAGGUGCUGUAACGGAACAUUCUACUGGCAGGUGAAGAACUUCUCCACGAUAAACCCGGUCGAGCACAGCUCCGGUUUCUACACGUCCUACCACGGCUACAAGCUCUGCCUGCGCAUCAACGUCUCGCACUCGCGCGCGCCCGCCGCCACGCUCUCCAUCUUCGUCCACUUCCUCAAGUCGGAGAACGACACGCUGCUCGCGUGGCCCUUCAGCGGCCGCAUCGUGUUCACGAUCGUCGACCAGGACGACGACGCGGCGCGGCGAGAGAACAUCGUCGAGCCGCUCGUCGCGGACUCGAAGCUCGAGGCGUUCCAGCGGCCGACGACGCGCCGCAACCCAAAGGGCUUUGGCUUCCUCGACCUCGUCAGCCUCGCGUGUCUCGGCACGAGGAAUUACCUGCUGCACGACACGCUGCUGCUCAAGGUCACCGUGAUUCCGUCGACAACAGCGUGAUGAUACGCGCGCCGCCGCCGUCCGACUGACUGACUGUGAUUAUGUCAAACGAGGCAUUAAUGCGAUAGACAUGCGAUGUGAUGCGGGAGCGGUCGUUAAUAUAUGUGUUAUGUAUCAUGUAAUUACAUUAUGAUCACCCGUUGUUUUACUCCUGAAGUGAUGGGACACGUGUAUACAUUGAUGUUGUCAUUGCCAGUGUUUAUAGCUGUACAUUAAGAUUUGUCUAGUGAACGAUUUUAUAGGUGUGGCACGUUUAUGGAUGUCGAUCGGAGUUUUUAAACGAGAGGCAUAUAUUUUACCAUAAGUAACUAGGUUUAUAUUAUAUAUAUAUUGUGUAGCAGUGUAUUUUGCAGUUUCACAGCCAUAAGGUUGAAGGUAUAUUUUGUAGCAACAUUGGUUCUGCUGAAAGCGUUACGAAUGCUGGGAAUGGUUAUAUCUGGGAGCUGCAUCUAUAAACACUGCAUUAAUUUUUGUGCGGAGUUUAUAACUACUAAGACACAAGUAGUUUAGACCCAAAUACGUUUACCCCAACUUAAAAUGGACAUAUUUCUUUGUGAAAGAUCUUGUAAAUUUAGUGACGACUUCAAUCAUCGUAAAAAUUGAUUAAAAAUAAAAGCCACGCUAAUGCAACACAA